AGAACUCUCCCCUAGUGGGCACAAAUGGCUCUUACUAUAUUCUCCUCCCAUGUCAGACAAACUACCUUCCUUCGUUACUUUCUUUCUCAAUUUCACUCCUUAACUGUGACUACAUCCCUCCGCCCAAUACAAUCCUCGUCAAAAUCCAAUUUCUUCUAUUCUUCACUCCAAUGAUGAACCCAGAAUCGGCAUCUAUCCAAUCCGAUGAAGAGGAAACGCACGUGUAUUCUGUGUGGGCUCUUCCUCCCGAAGAUGUCUCCGCCAGAAUCGAGAACCUCAUGAAAAGCCUCAGAUCCGAGUUUGGCGGGCCCCUAUUCGAGCCACAUAUCACCGUUGUUGGAGCAAUCCGUCUCACCGCUGAAGACGCCCUUACCAAAUUCCGCACGGCUUGUCAGGGGAUUAAGGCUUAUCAAGCCACCGUCGAUCAUGUAACCACCGGAACCUUCUUCUACCAGUGUGUUUUUCUCCUUAUUCAUCCUACCACCGAGGUGGUGGAGACAAGUUCACAUUUUUGUAAACAUUUUGAUUUCAAAAGCUCUACCCCUUACAUGCCGCAUAUGAGCCUACUGUAUUCCCACAUAUCAGAUGAAAAAAGGAAGCAGGCAAAAGAAAUAGCAGACAAGCUCGAUGAAGCCGUGAACGGCCUGAGAUUCCCCAUUACUCGACUUGCACUGUGCAAAACAGACACUGCGGAUGAAACUCUGAAGUCCUGGGAUAAAAUUGUAGAACACGAUCUUUCUUCAAGUUAGCUUCUGUUUUUUAUCCAAGCCCCUUGAAGAUCUAAGCUAUGUUAGUUUACCAUAUUUGUUCCAACAAUGUCGAAGAUCUAGACAAUGUUCUGUUACACAGUUUACCGUAUUUGUUUCAACGAUGUCUGUACUCCUCUAGACUUCUUAACUGGAAAAAAAAUAAAUGUCAGCCGAAGGUCUUGUUUGGCAGCUUACAAAGCUUCGUGAUUAGAUUGUUUUGAACCUUUUCUGUUAUUUAGAAAACAAGUUUUAAAAGUAAACUUUAUUUGAAACCAAA